AAUCACAACUGCUUGUACAAUCUUUCUUCUUCUUCCAUAUUCUCUUCACCAUACUGUACCAGUCUUCACUAUACUCUCUCACUUGCUUAAAGCAAUUCAAGAAACUUCAAGUUACCACAUUAACAAAAUGAAGGUACACUCUAUAACCAUGGCUGCUCUUAUUAUUCUGCUUUCAGUUACUCUAUCUGGUUGGUUACAUAGGAUUCAAGCAGAGGCUCGUCUAGCGCCUUUAGGACCACCCUCCUCAGCACCAGCCAUGGCUGCAACUACACAAGCUUUUAGAAUGCAAGAUAGCAAAAAGAAUCCGUUCAAGAAAGUUGAUUCCAGCUUCAGAAGAAUACCUCCAAGCACUUCCAAUCCUACACAGAAUAAGUGCACACCUCCAUUAGAUGGCCGAAGGAAGUAGAUUCAGAGUUUUUGCAACAUCACCUUCUUUUUUUCAGUUUUCCCUUUUCGUUCUUUAAUUUGUUCUUUAGUAUACUCUUUGCUAGUGUAGUGUAGUGUUUUACUUCAAGGGAAAAGUAGACUUGUAAUGUAACAGCAGUUCAUAAUGCAUUUACAAAUUUUUCAAUUUGAAAUGUAUAAAGCUUAUCAUGUUCUCCAUGUGUAUUUGAAA